AAAAGAACAGUGAAUUUUGAUUUCACAACUAUUGUAAUCAAUCAGCAAUGUGCUUAUUUGAUCACCACGGUAACCACUGCUGUUUACAGUCUUUGAGAUUCUAGUCUGAAUAACAAUUCUAGAUCGAUAUUUCUGUAUAAAUCUCUCAAAUAAUGCUUUGAAAACAAAGUUACAUUUUCACAUGUUCAUGAGUCUUGCAUGUUUAUGUGAACAUGUAUUAUCAUCACUUCUCUUUUAUUAUUAUCUUUCUCUCUCUCUCAGAGGAAGAGGGUGUCUCUCACACAUUCAGCAGUUCAUGUUAAACAUGUAACCAGGAAAGAAGCACUAAAACUCAUCUGAACACACAUCGAGAGCUUCAGAAGAACUGAAUCUACUAACAACAGAGAAUCAUUGAAUAAGAGAGAAGAAUGAAGAUCAUCUGGACUUUCACUCUGCUGAUGAUUCCUGGUGUGUUGAGCUCCAUCAGUGUGACGGGAUAUUCAGGAGGAGGAGUCAGGAUCAGGUGCAGAUAUGAUAGAAAAUAUACAGAAAAUGCAAAGUAUUUUUGUAGAGGACAGUGGUCAAAGUGCACAGACCUAAUCAGGACUAAAACUAAAAACGAAUGGGUUGACUCUGGAAGAUUCUCUCUGUAUGACGACACAACAGCAGCAGUUUUCACUGUGACCAUCAGAGAUCUGAGUGAAUGGGAUUCUGGGACGUACUACUGUGGAACUGAUAUUUAUGCAAAAAUAGAUUCAUACACUGAAGUGAAUCUGAAGGUUAUAACAGCUGAUUGUUGUGAGAAGAGCAUCAGUCUAUCAGCUGCUGCAGGAGGAUCUGUGAACAUCAGCUGCAAAUACCCACAAUCCCACAGGACUGGUGUGAAGUUUGUCUGCAGGAGAUCUGGAUCUGAUCUCUGUGCUGAAGAGACGUCUGUGAAGGAGAGCAGAAGAUGGACCGCUGCGGGACAGAUCCAGCUGUAUGAUGACAGACAGCAGCGGCUCCUGACGGGAUCCAUCAGUCAUGUGACUCGACAACAUUCAGCUGAAUACUGGUGUGGAGUUCAGUCUGGUGAAGGACACAAGAGCUUCAUCACACGAGUCCUCAUCAGCGUUACAGAAACAUCUUCAUCACUACGAUCAUCAGUGUCCUCAUCAUCAUCAUCAUCAUCAUUUCAGCAGAGAAUGUGUGUCAGAAACUGAUUUAUUUUAAAAGAGUCUGAGAUGUUCAGUAUUCAGAGCAGCAAAUAACACUCGUACUGUGUGACCAGAUCAUAUUUACCAAAUGGACAUUUAAUGUCAAAGAAAAAUGUCUUCCUCCAGAUGAUUGUUUGUUCCAAUAUUUUCUUCCCUUGCUUUCCAGAUUGUCACUUGUGUAUUUAAAGGGAUAGUUCACCCAGAAAUGAAAAUUCUGUCAUUAAUUACUCACCCUCAUGUCGUUCCAAACCCAUAAGACCUUCAUUCAUCUUCGGAACACAAAUUACAAUGUUUUUAGGACAUUUCAGUUGCAUUGCUCUCUAUGGAGGGUCAGAAACCUCUCGGAUUUCAUCAAAAAUAUCUUAAUUUGUGUUCCAAAGAUGAACAAAGGUGUUUGGAACGACAUGAGGGUGAGUAAUUAAUGACAGAAUUUUCAUUUUUUGGUGAACUAUCCCUUUAAGGCUUUAGACAUUAGUGUAUGGUUUUCUGUAAAGCUGCAUUGAAACGGCACUGAAUGUGAAAAGUGAUAUGCAAAUAAAAAUUAC